AUCAGUAGAAAAAUUAUGUCUUAGAAUUUACACUAAUAUAUAUACAUACUAUAAUCAUUCCAGUAGUACCUUAAAUUGCUAUUUUUAAGAAAAAACUCAACCAUAUUUAAUAACAAGAUGUGUCUCCUCUUGUGAUUAUUUUACUACUAAAGCAUAAGAGGGUGGUUUACGUGCAUCAGAAGUCCCCUUCAAAGCUGUUUCUCAGAUUACUUGAAAAGAGCAGUUGAAGAGGCAUGCAAACAGGUUUCAAUAAGCCCAGUUCAUAUUUCUUCAACUGUGCUUUCCAAGGCCUUUCAGUUUAGCUGUUGAGAUUACAGGCAUGAGGCUCUGUGCCUGGCUAAGAAUCCAUCUAUUUGCAUUUUUCAGCUUCUAGAGGCACCCACAUUCCUUGGCUAUAGCCUUGUCCAUCUUCACAGUCAGCGAGGGCUUGUCAAGUCUCACAUCUUAUUCACUCUGACUCUGACCCUUCUGCCUCUUUUCCACAUUUAAGGACCUUUGUGAUUACACAAGUCCACUCAGAAAAUCCAGUAUAAUUUCUCUCUUAAUGUCAGCUGAUUAGCAAUGUUAAUUCCUCCCUCCCAUAUAAUUGGAAACAUAUAGGUUCUGGGGUUAGGAUGUGGGCAUCCUGGAAAGCCACUAUUCUGCCAGUCACCCCUGGUUUAACUUUUUUUUUAAAUUGAACUUUUCACUGAAGCAUAACAAUAUGGGGAAGGUACCCACCUCACACCUCUAGGCCACUGUGGGGUCAGGGUAGGGGCAGCAUGCACCCAGGUCAUGGCUGUGCAGAGACGGCUGGGUACCCAGGGCAAAAAGGGAGUCCUGCCAGGAAGCAGGAGGAGGGAGUGCAUUUGUUCAUUCAUUAAGCAUGUACAUUGAAGUCUUGCUAUGGGUUAUAGAUACAGUGGUGAGCAAGGUGGACAGAAACCCCUACCCUCAGGGAGUUCCCAGUUAGUGAAACGGACAAAAUAAGGCAGAUCAAAGUACUCUAAUACACCAUGGGUCAUUUAUCUUCCUCCUAGUGGUGCAUGUUGCAGCUAUUCCUGUUUGUGGGGAGCAGAUAGGUUCCUUUACAUCUAGAGUGAGGUGGCACAACAGCAUAUGCUGCCAGGAAGAAGUUGGGUGUCAGCAGACUUCACCCAUGCAGCACCUUUUUCUUUGUUGCCACCUGGCAUCACGAAGGCCACUGUAGCUGGGGCCUGGUUCCCACAUUGCUCCUUCCAAGUCCAGUGCAUUCAUGCAUCUGAAUGCUCUCUCCUGGGCAUCCCCACUGCACCCUCCUCUAUGCUCCCCUCACAGACUCUACUCAUACUCCUUAUGCCAACUGUUUUUUCCUUCCUCUCCCCUUCCUUUCCUUAUUCUGUUCUUUCCUCUUCCUUUCCUUAUUCCUUACUUUCCUCUUCCUUAUUCUGUUUCUCCCUCUGUCUCUUCCUUUCCUGGUUUGCAAAACUAUAUUUUUAAAUAGUCAAAGCCACUUGUACCUUGAACUUUCAAAAUCAUUAUUUUAAUCCUUCCUCUUCCCAUCUCACCACAAACUCUUUUGCCCUGGAACAGAGAUUAAGGGACAUUUCCAGUUUUUGCUUCUUUCAGACUUGGAAACUAGACCCAAAGUCAAACUGUCAGUUCUAAAGCAAGGUAUCCCUGAAGAAAUAUCCAACAGUGUCAUCUUGGUAGAAAGAUUUCUGUAGGAUGGUCUGUGGUACUGCAGGGGUGAGGACACUGUGAGCCACUGGGAAUGGAAUUGUGAGAGCCUAGAGAGCCUGGCAGUGCUGGCGGCCUUCAUGCCUAUGAAGAUGCCUGUUCAGGAGCAGUAGCAGAGGAAUGGGUUUAGGAAAAACGUAAGUCUGAACCCUGAUUUCCCACAUCAAACAAUGACUCCUGAACGACGAGGCCCUCACACGUGGGGAACACAUGGAAAAAGGGAGAAGUCAGACCUAAAUGUUCUAUAGAAAACCUAUGUAAAAGAGAAACCCCACAAAUGUCAGGAAUGCAGAAAGGCCUUUAGUCACAGCUCAGCACUUAUCGAACACCACUGUACGCACACAGGAGAGAGACCUUAUGAAUGUCACGAAUGCAGAAAAGGCUUCCAAAACGGCUCAGCACUUACCAAACACCAGAGAAUCCACACUGGGGGGAAACCCUAUAAACGCACUCAGUGUGGGAGGACCUUCAACCAAAUUGCCCCGCUGAUCCAGCACCAGAUAACUCACACAGGUGAGAAGCCCUAUGAGUGCAGCGAAUGUGGGAAAUCCUUCAGUUUUAGGUCCUCCUUUAGCCAACACGAGUGAACUCACACAGGCGAGAAGCCCUACAAGUGCAGCAAGUAUGUGAAAGCCUUCCAGCAAAGCAUCCACCUCACCUAGCACCUGUGAAUCCACAAUGGGGAGAAACCCUAUCAGUGUGGUGAGUAUGUCAAGGCCUUCAGCCACAGCUAGUCCUUGACCAAACACCAGCAAAUCCACACAGGGGAGAAGCCCUGCGAAAGCCACGAGUGUGGAAAAGCCUUCACCAAGAUCACACCACUGAUUCAGCACUGGAGGACCCACAUAGGAGAAAAGCCCUAUAAGUGCAGUGAGUGUGGGAAAGCCUUCAGCCAGAGCACACUCCUGACCAAGCAUUGGAGGAUUCACACAGGAGAGAAGCCCUACGGAUGCAACCAGUGUGGGAAAACCUUCAGCCACAGCUCCUCACUCAGCCAGCACAAGCAGAUGCACACAGGAGAGAAGCUGUUUGAGUGCAGUCAAUGUGGGAAGGCCUUCCAGCAGAGCAUACGCCUCACUCAACACCAGUGAAUCCACAGACGGGAGAAGUCCUACGAAUGCAAUGACUGCAGCAAGGCAUUCAGCCACAGCUCAUCCCUCACCAAACAUCAGCGAAACUACACUGGGGAGAAGCCUUACGAAUGCAACCAGUGUGGCAGAGCCUUCAGCCGGCUUGCUCCCCUCAUUCAGCAUCAGAGGAUCCACACAGGAGAGAAACCCUAUGGAUGUAACCAGUGUGGCAGAGCCUUCAGCCGGCUUGCUCCCCUCAUUCAGCAUCAGAGGAUCCACACAGGAGAGAAACCCUAUGGAUGUAACCAGUGUGGCAGAGCCUUCAGCCAGAUCUCCCUUCUCAUUGAAAACCAGAGGAUUCACACCAAGAAAAAGCCCUACAGGUGCAAUAGGUGUGGGAAAUCCUUCAACCACAGCUCCUUCCUCAGCCAGCACAAAAGGACACACACUGGGGAAAAGCCUUACGAGUGUCACGAUUGUGGAAAGUCCUUUAGGCAGAGCACCCACCUCACUCAGCACUGAAGGAUCCACACAGGAGAGAAGCCAUAUGCAUGCAGGUACUGUGGAAAGGCCUUUAUACACAGCACCUCCAUUACUAAGCACCAGAGAACUCACAUUGGAUAAACCCACUCCACAUGUGCUGGGGACAUAGGAAGACCUUAAGCCACAGCUCAUCCCUUUCUAGAUUUGACCCAAUCAUAUACAUGAGAAACAUAUAUUCAUACACAAGUCUUUUCACAUGGCACACCUCUCAGACACCCUCAGAGAGUUUAUACUGAUGGGAAAUUACCAUGGAACCACCAAGCUCU